AUGGGGGGUGUGGGCAAGACCACCAUUGCUCAGCUCACCUACAAUGAUGAGAGGGUCAAGGGGCAUUUCCAAAUGAAAAUGUGGGUGUGUGUUUCAGAAGAUUUUGGUGUGAAGCAGAUUACAAAAUCAAGCAUAGAAUCUGCAACUGGGGCUGGUUGUGGGUCAUUAGACUUGGCCCCAUUGCAGGAUCGCCUCCAUUGGAGUCGAAUCAUUGUAACCACUCGUAGAGAAGAUGUUGCAUGGGCAAUAGGAAGGGCUCACAUACACAAGCUGGCUGUCUUAUCCGAUGAUGAUUGCUGGUUAGUGUUCUGGCACAGAGCACUUGAGCAUCGGAAUGUACAAGAGCGUUCAGAGUUGGAAGAUAUUGGAAGGGAAAUCGUAAAGAAGUGUGGAGGGCUGCCUCUCGCAGCAAAGACAAUAGGGAGUGCCGUGUGCUCGAAAAGGACGAGAAGGGAAUGGGAGCUUGUCUUGGAAAGCGACACAUGGAAUUCACAUGAUGUCUUACAAGGCGUUUUACCAGCUUUGUUACUCAGCUACCAUGAAUUGCCUCCUGCUUUGAAGCAAUGCUUUGCUUAUUUCUCCAUCUUCCCGAAGGAUUGGGAGAUAGGGAAGGAUAGGACAGUGAAGUUAUGGGUGGCACAAGGUAGUGACUGUUCACUGGUGGAUAUCAGAGAGCAAGCCUCGCUGAACCUAAGCAAUGUUCGCCAUUCUCUUUUAAUUGACAGUGAUAAAGAUGGGGAUGAAGUGGCUUCCAUUUGGGCAACCUUGUAUAAGGCUAACAAGUUGCGGACGUUGCUAUGCGUUUCAAGAAUCUCCAAGCCUAGGGUGCCAAACAAUUUAUUUCAUCAUUUCAGAUACCAUAGGGCAUUGGACUUGAGUGACACUAGCAUUAAGAAAUUGCCUGGAACAGUAGGGAAAUUGAAGUAG